UGAGAUAUGUAGAUGCAACUGCACUGUCAACCAUGAGCAUGCUCUUGUGUGUGUAUCUGUUCUGGUGUGCAUGGCAUGUGCAUGCCUGUGCUUCUGUGCAUGAAGCGGGAGUGUGCAUGUGCUUUUGCUCUGCUCGGCCUUUCUUCUUGUGGACCUCUGGCUUUCUGGCCACCCCUUUGAUCUACCUUCUCUGUCUUGUGGCAUCCUUCUUUUUGUGUGUCCUCUGUAGCAAGACUCCUAGGAUUGCGUUCUUACCUCUCUGUCCAAUUUUCCUCCUGUUUGGUGCUUCCUUCCUUGUUACUAUAACCUGCCCCACCAUACCUCUCCAGACCAACCAGGGCUCCACGGCUGUGGCCAGGUGCCUAUCAAGAAAGGCCUGCCUAGAGCACCCCCAUUCUCUCUAGGCUUUAGGCUCUAGAGUGUGAGUCUCCAGAGGAGACACCUUCCUCUCCUUCAGCCCCCUCUUUUUUCUGCUUCCCAUCCCCAUGGAAUCGGCAAGCAUAGUUAGCUCUAUGACACCUUCUUGUCUACAGAACCACUCUCACACUUUUGUCCUGCAGGACUGUCCCCACAACCAGGUACAGUUGCCUGCACCUAGCAUGGCUGUGAGUAUUUUUCUGAGGAGAGUUGCUUUCCCCUUGGUAGCUCAUUAUUGUCUCCAGAGUGGAGCCAGACUCUAGUGGCACUCAAGAUUCUUUGUGCCUUGAUAUGGCUCCUGAGGCUCUCCCCUGCCCAAUACUAGCAGGCUCCCUUCCCAACAGCCACCCUCCCUUUCCUCUACUGGGGAUGGAACUAUGCUGCCAUACCUGCUGACUCAGCGUGCUGCUGCAUCACUGUCCUGUCCACAUGCUACGUGGUGGGCCCAGGAGAGGGGGUCCUUGGGUAGCAGAGCGUCUGGCUAUUCCUCUGAGGUUCUUAGUUGCUGCAGAGUUGAGCUGAGGGUCUUAUGCUCACUCUCUGACUGACCCAGCCCUUGCAGGUGGAAGAAGAAAAGUGCCACUUGGGCAUGAAGACAGACUCUUAGUCAUCAGUCUUUUAAGCUGAGUGCAUUGUGAUUUCCAAUAAUUGAGGCAGUGGUUCUAAAAGCUGUCUACAUUAAUGAAAAGAGCAAUGUGGCCAGCUUGAUUAAGCCGCCAGUGUGUGCAACGCGGGCAGGACAGCGCCGGGUUUCAACGGACUUGUGCAUGUUAGCUGUAUAGAUUUAUGUAAGGUGGUUUAAAACUCUGGUCUUUUAAAAUAGUCUUAACUGCUCUUAAUAUGGAGACAUAUGAGAGUCCCUCUCCUCUCCCGCGUGAGCCCGCAGGAGAAGUGAUGAUGGAGAACCGAGCUUACCCCUUCCAAGCACUGCCCUGUGAACAGUCUCCACCACCUCCCCUGCAAACGUCCAGUGAUGCAGAGGUAAUGGACGUUGGCUCUGGUGGUGAUGGACAGUCCGAACACCCUGCCGAGGACCCAUUCAACUUCUACGGAGCUGCUCUUCUCUCCAAAGGAUCCUUCUCUAAGGGCCAUCUCCUCAUAGACCCGAACUGUAGUGGCCACAGCCCACGCACCGCCCGGCACGCCCCUGCGGUCCGGAAGUUCUCCCCUGACCUUAAGUUGCUUAAGGAUGUAAAGAUUAGUGUGAGCUUUACUGAGAGCUGCAGGAGUAAGGACAGGAAGGUGCUGUACACAGGAGUGGAGCGUGGUGUUCGUGCCGAGUGUGGCCUGCUCCUUAGUCCUGUCAGUGGAGACGUGCAUGCUUGUCCCUUUGGCGGGAUUGUUGGUAACGGGGUAGGCAUAGGGGGUGAGAGUACAGAUAAGAAGGAUGAGGAGAAUGAGCUGGAUCAGGAAAAGAGAGUGGAGUAUGCAGUGCUCGAUGAGUUAGAAGAUUUUACUGACAAUUUGGAGCUAGAUGAAGAAGGAACAGGCGGGUUCACGGCUAAAGCAAUCGUUCAAAGAGACAGAAUGGAUGAAGAGGCCUUGAAUUUCUCCUAUGAGGAUGACUUUGACAAUGAUGUGGAUGCUCUGUUGGAAGAAGGCCUUUGUGCUCCCAAGAAGAGGCGAAUGGAGGAAAAAUAUGGAGGAGACAGUGAUCAUCCGUCAGAUGGAGAGACAAGUGUUCAGCCAAUGAUGACCAAGAUUAAAACAGUGCUCAAAAGUCGUGGCCGUCCACCUACAGAACCGCUGCCUGAUGGGUGGAUCAUGACCUUUCAUAACUCUGGAGUCCCUGUAUACCUGCACAGAGAGUCUCGGGUCGUUACCUGGUCCAGGCCGUACUUCUUGGGAACAGGAAGCAUACGGAAACAUGAUCCUCCUCUGAGUAGUAUUCCCUGUCUGCAUUAUAAAAAAAUGAAGGACAAUGAGGAACGUGAGCAAAGCCAUGAACUCACCCCCAGUGGGGAGGUUUCUCCUAUCAAGCCCCUGAGUCGAUCUGCAGAGCUGGAAUUCCCCUUGGAAGAGCCUGACUCCAUGGGUGGAGACUCGGGGCCCCUAGACGAGAAGGACCCACUGGGUGCUGAGGCAGCCACUGGAGCCCUGGGACAGGUGAAGGCUAAAGUUGAGGUGUGCAAGGAUGAGUCAGUUGAUCUGGAUGAAUUUCGUAACUACCUGGAGAAGCGUUUUGACUUUGAACAAGUAACUGUAAAAAAAUUCAGAACUUGGGCUGAGCGGCGUCAGUUCAAUCGUGAGAUGAAGCGGAAGCAGGCUGAGUCAGAGAGGCCCAUUCUGCCAGCAAACCAGAAGCUCAUCACUUUAUCUGUACAAGAUGCACCUACAAAGAAAGAGUUUGUCAUCAAUCCCAAUGGGAAGUCCGAGGUCUGCAUCCUACACGAGUACAUGCAGCGUGUCCUCAAGGUCCGCCCUGUUUAUAAUUUCUUUGAGUGUGAGAACCCAAGUGAGCCUUUUGGUGCCUCGGUGACCAUUGAUGGUGUGACUUACGGAUCUGGAACUGCAAGCAGCAAAAAACUUGCGAAGAAUAAAGCUGCCCGAGCCACACUGGAAAUCCUCAUCCCUGAUUUUGUUAAACAGACCUCUGAGGAGAAGCCCAAAGACAGUGAAGAAUUGGAGUAUUUUAACCACAUCAGUAUUGAGGAUUCCAGAGUCUAUGAGCUGACCAGCAAGGCCGGGUUGUUGUCUCCAUAUCAGAUCCUCCAUGAGUGCCUUAAAAGAAACCAUGGAAUGGGUGACACAUCCAUCAAGUUUGAAGUGGUUCCUGGGAAAAACCAGAAGAGUGAAUAUGUCAUGGCAUGUGGCAAACACACAGUGCGAGGGUGGUGUAAGAAUAAAAGAGUCGGGAAACAGUUAGCCUCUCAGAAAAUCCUUCAGUUGCUACACCCUCAUGUCAAGAACUGGGGUUCCUUACUGCGCAUGUACGGCCGUGAGAGCAGCAAAAUGGUCAAGCAGGAGACCUCUGACAAGAGUGUGAUAGAACUGCAGCAGUAUGCCAAGAAGAACAGGCCCAACCUCCACAUCCUGAGCAAGCUGCAAGAAGAAAUGAAGAGGCUGGCUGCGGAACGGGAGGAGACUCGGAAGAAGCCCAAGAUGUCAAUUGUAGCGUCUGCUCAGCCUGGUGGUGAGCCCUUGUGCACAGUGGAUGUGUGAGAUAGGCACCAUUGGCCAUCAGCAGUGCUUCCCAGGAGAUUACCAGCCACACCACUGAGCUGCAGCAUCAGGCCUCCAACCUAAGUUACUUCCCUGUGGCAGUGAAUCUGGGCCCUGGAUCUAGCACAUGAAGACAGCUGUGGCCACACAGCACACAAGCCAAGUAGCAGUUUUUUUUGGAAGCUAUGAUUGGAAGUAUUUAAGAAUCAAUUUGAUGACUGCCUAAGUGGAAACUCAAGGACAGCCAUAUAGACUCUUGCUUGUGCUGUGGACUUUUUAUGAAGGUCUUCAUGAAUUUUAGUAUACUAUAAGACUGACAAGAAAUGAUACUUGGUUGACAGAUGAAAAAAGAUAGCUAUGUUGUAUGGCUUUGGCUGGCCUGUAAUGCCAGAUGGCCCCUGUGCUCAGGAUUCCCCUGGAGCCACUGUGAUCUGGUCAGAAGGUACAGGUAUCCUGUCCCUUAUUACCUGCCUUCUGUGUUUUCCAUUUUUCUCUGAAAAAGUUGGAAAGGAAUAUUUCAGACUAUUUUGUUUUAAAAUAAACGAAAUUUUAGCACCAGAACUAAUUUUCAGAGAUUACAGGUGAACCAUCAAGUUAUCUGUUCUUCAUCCAUUACCACUGAGGAUGUCAUCAAGCUAAUCUCCCUAUGUCAGCCUGGCCGGCUGUCAGGCUGCGGUUCACAUUUCUGGUCAUGUUUUAAUGCCCUAACAGCUGCCUCUCUGGACAGUGAAGCCCUAGCCUUGGCUGACCUCUAGCAAGUUUUUUACAAAAAAUGUUUGCACAAUUAAUUAUCCUGUCCACCCAUCAAUUUUUAAAGGAAGCUUUUGAUAUUUAGAACUUGAACAGGACCUUUCACAGUGAUAGAAGGUAGGUAGAGUCAUGUAUUUAGCAAGUGGACUUGUUUAAACAGAAAACAGGGACCAUCCAUACAGUGCAUUGCUAAUCAGGAGUUAGCCUUGUACAUGAUUAGUUGCCCUGCCUUCUGGCAACAGCAGCUUCUUUGGGUUUCAUGGGUGGGUUGCUAUCCUGUGCAGCCAGGCCUGGUACCAGUUGGGUUUUCUGCUGUCACCUGUGCUCUCUGGGUGGCCCCUGGUGAUGGGUGUUAUGUCUGUGAACACUUGGCCUUAUAUAUCUUCUGGAGCACCAGAAGUCCAGUCACUGGACUGUACCCUCAUGGUCCCUAUAUCCAUUUAUUAAUGUGCCCUGCUAUAUAGUGUGUUGUCAGGAAGCCGGAAUGAAUAAUGGCUGUGUGCCACCCAUUGUAUCCCUCCCUUAGCACCUAUGACUAAAGUUGUUUGGAGAAACACCCAAGUUGCUAUAACUAGACACCUGCUUCUGUCUUGCCUGUCACUUGCAGCUGUGAAUAGUCAUUUGACUGUUGCCCUUGAAACAGCCAGAUUCAGCAUUGAGAACCAAAGCUUUGUGCACAUCUGUUACCUGGGAGGUUGGUGAGCCUUGCUAGUCCAGGUACUGCCAAAGCAGGUGCUCCAUGCACUCAUAGUAUCUCAUGCCUUUCUGUGUCCAAAACAAGUGAGUCUUGUGUGCAAAUAGGGCUGGGGCCUAUGCCAAUACUGCUUCUGUGUUGCCCAUGGCUGUAGAGUGAGCCCUGAUGGCCUGAGCACUAAAACAUACUGACCAAAAGGGAA